AGUCGCACUGGAAUAGAACCAUGGGGCAUCCCCCGCUGGAGUUCAGCGACUGCUAUCUGGACAGCCCGGAUUUUCGUGAGAGGCUUAAGUGUUAUGAGCAGGAGCUGGAGAGGACCAAUAAAUUCAUCAAAGAUGUGAUCAAAGAUGGCAACGCACUUAUCGGCGCUAUGAGAAGUUACUCCAUUGCUGUUCAGAAAUUUUCCCAGACGCUGCAGUCAUUUCAGUUUGAUUUCAUUGGAGACACACUGACUGAUGAUGAGAUUAACAUUGCUGAGUCCUUCAAGGAAUUUGCUGAGUUGCUCAAUGAAGUAGAGAACGAGAGGAUGAUGAUGGUACACAAUGCUAAUGAUUUGCUUAUCAAACCCUUGGAAAAUUUCCGGAAGGAGCAAAUAGGCUUCACCAAGGAGCGGAAAAAGAAAUUUGAAAAAGAUGGUGAGAGGUUUUAUUCUUUGCUGGAUAGGCAUUUACAUCUGUCUUCCAAAAAGAAAGAAUCUCAGUUACAAGAGGCAGACCUUCAAGUGGACAAGGAGAGGCAUAAUUUCUUUGAGUCCUCUCUUGAUUAUGUUUAUCAAAUCCAAGAAGUUCAGGAGUCCAAGAAGUUCAAUAUUGUAGAACCUGUCUUGGCCUUUCUUCAUAGCCUCUUCAUUUCUAAUAGCUUGACUGUGGAGCUCACACAGGAUUUCCUUCCAUACAAACAGCAGCUCCAGCUUAGUUUGCAGAAUACAAGGAAUCAUUUCUCCAGUACCCGGGAAGAGAUGGAAGAACUUAAGAAACGGAUGAAAGAAGCUCCCCAGACAUGCAAACUUCCAGGACAGCCCACCAUUGAAGGCUAUCUAUAUACACAAGAAAAAUGGGCUUUGGGCAUAUCCUGGGUGAAAUACUAUUGCCAGUAUGAGAAAGAGACCAAAACACUUACCAUGACACCUAUGGAGCAGAAGCCAGGUGCUAAGCAGGGGCCCCUAGAUUUAACCCUGAAGUACUGUGUGAGAAGGAAGACGGAAUCUAUCGACAAGAGAUUCUGUUUUGAUAUAGAAACCAAUGAAAGACCAGGAACCAUCACUCUGCAGGCCCUUUCAGAAGCUAAUAGAAGGCUAUGGAUGGAAGCCAUGGAUGGGAAAGAACCUAUCUAUCACAGUCCGAUAACAAAACAAGAAGAAAUGGAGCUGAAUGAUGUAGGUUUCAAGUUUGUUAGGAAAUGCAUCAACAUUAUUGAGACCAAAGGGAUCAAGACAGAGGGCUUGUACCGCACUGUGGGCAGCAAUAUUCAGGUUCAGAAGCUGCUGAAUGCCUUUUUUGAUCCUAAAUGCCCAGGAGAUGUUGAGUUUCAUAAUAGCGACUGGGACAUUAAGACAAUUACCAGCUCUUUGAAAUUCUACCUCAGGAAUCUUUCUGAACCUGUCAUGACCUAUAAGCUUCACAAAGAGCUGGUCUCUGCUGCCAAGUCUGAUAAUCUGGAUUACCGGCUGGGAGCUAUUCACUCCUUGGUAUAUAAGCUACCAGAAAAGAACCGAGAGAUGCUGGAAAUUCUCAUAAGACACUUGGUCAAUGUGUGUGAGCACAGCAAAGAAAAUCUUAUGACUCCUUCCAACAUGGGGGUGAUCUUUGGGCCAACUCUGAUGAGAGCCCAGGAGGACACUGUAGCAGCCAUGAUGAAUAUCAAAUUCCAGAACAUCGUGGUGGAAAUUCUAAUCGAGCACUUUGGCAAGGCAAGAGACUUAAACCAUGAUAAAUAUGAAAACAGCCUCAGCAUUGUCAACAAUGCCUCCUACACCACCAACAGACCCUUGGCCAAGGUCAUCUCUGACAACUUUGGCACCAUACAGGGACUCAUGACCACAGUCCAUGCCAUUACUGCCACCCAGAAGACUGUGGGUGGCCCCUCUGGGAAACUGUGGCAUUAUGGCCAUGGUACUCUCCAGAACAUCAUCCCCACCUCAACUGGUGCAGCCAGGGCUGUGGGCAAGGUCAUCCCUGAGCUGAACAGGAAGCUCACUGGUAUGGCCUUCCAUGCCCCCACUGCCAACAUGUUGGUCGUGGAUCUCACCUGCCAUCUGGAGAAGGCUGCCAUAUAUGAUUAUAUCAAGAAGAUGGUGAAGCAGGCAUCACAGGGCCCCUUUAAGGGUAUCUUGAGCUACACUGACUGA